AUGUCGAGGUUGGAGUUGCCGCCUCUGUUGUCGUUGACGAUGCUGGUGGUGAUGAUGAUGAUGGCGGCGAUAAUGAGCGAUUGCCAUGGGAUUGCGGACGAUGGAUGGGGAGCUGGCGGCGAGGUACCUGUUGUGUUGGAGGUGGGCAAGGUGGGCAGGACAGGAUACGGCAAGGUGAGCGCCGAGGUACCCCCUCAGUGUCUAAGAUGGGUCUUCUGGGCCGAGAGUGUCAAGGAGGGUCUGGACUCGUUUGAUGUAUGGAAACAGCUAUUCGCCAAGGGUCCUGCUGUGUGCCCUGGUUAG